AUGGCCAACAACCUUGCCAUCCUGGCUCGGUGGAGCGACUACGACGGUACCAUAUCAGCAGUCACCGUACAGGAACAAGAUGGCCACCUAGUCGUCAGGGUCUCGAGCAACUCGGAGCCUAAGAAGACUAUCCUAACUGGCCUCAAAGACUUGAUGGACAUCGUCUCCAAGGUCUCCGCCGACAGAAAACAUCCCGUCGAGAGCAGUCUGCUCCUAUCGUCGAAAAUCCUCCAGCUCGGCCAGGAACGUAUUCUUGACCGUAUCAAGCCGCCGUGGAGAAGACAGAGAAAGAACGCUCAGCCAUCCCUCAAAGAUCGUUUGGUGAAGAGGUUUGGUCGUUCGUGUCAAGCAAUGUCGGUUCCCGAAGAGUUCCGUUCCCACUUUCAAGAGCUGGUCGAAGUCUUGGGGUCGCUGGACAGAAAGCCCGGGAUGGGGGGUAUGGAACUGUUUCUCGAGCAUGUCGUCACCCGGUGCGCCGGCCUUGCAGAGAUUGGGGGCAGACGUUCCUUGGAAGUCAAUCUGCAGCAUCUUGGGCUUCCGCCGGAGGUCUGCCAGUCCGGGGAGGUCCGCCAAGUGGACAAGCUGGCGCGGUACCGCUACAUGUGCAGGGACUUUGUGAGGCUUUCCCGGAACAAGGCCUACCGUCUCCUGCUACGCAGCAUCGAUGUCGUGCCGCUGGAGGCCUACGAGCGCGUCCGGCGACCUCACACCCAAUGUGCCGUCCACGCCGAGAUGCAGCAGCUUCUCUACUAUGAGAAGAACCCACCCGUCCCAUCCGUGCGGGCGAUCGGGUGCUGCAAGCUGGCCUGCUAUCUCUGUGACUUGGUCAUUCACGAACAUGGCAGGUAUCGCAUAGCUGGUGCCCACGGUCGCAUAUAUGAAAAGUGGACACUCCCCGACGUCGACUGGAUGACUCCGGCUCAGGCGACCGACUUUCAACUCAUCAUUCGCAAGAUGACGUUGCACUUGAGGGCGCAGCUUUCCUCGAGGGGGCCUCCGCGGAUUUACCCAUGUGAGAGUGUAGCCGGAGUGCGUUCAUCGACAGCAUCCCCGAUAACGACGGCGACGACGAAAGCGUCAACGGCAUCAUCAACGACGGCGAGUGAGGCAACGAUUACCGGGCCGUCGCCUCAGGCUAGAGCGGACCGUCGUCAGGUCGCGGCGCUUCCCAUCGUCGUAUCCAGCGCCGAUCUUCCCUUUGCGACGGAGGUCAGCAUCGGAAAGGCUCCCAUCCACCUCGAGAUAGAUCGGCUACGCCUCCUGUUCGAGUUUGAGCCGGCAUCUACAGGGUCGCUGGCUAUACGUCGAGCAGAGGCGUCGUCUGCCCUGCUGACGGGCGAUGGUCUGCCUCUCUCUUUCGAAGCCUCUUCCAUUCCAUCGGACGAGGAGGUCAAGGUCGCUGCAGACUCAGAGACCAAGACGGCGACAUUCUAUAUCCGGCGAGGACCGGGUACCUGCAUCGAGCUCAGCUUUCAUUGGGGAGACGUCGAGUGA